AGCAAUCCGACCCAGUCUGGCUACAAAAAAAAAUGAUGAAGUAUCCGAAAUUUAUCAAUUCGAUAAAAUUAAAGAUAGACACAACAUUGUCAUCGUUUAGUGAAUAUGUACAGAAAGCCGUUGUUUUUAUUGCAACAGUAACUGUUAUUUUUUGGUUUUCUGUCUUUCUCUAUGGAAGUUAUUAUUACUACUAUGUCCCAGAAGUAGCACAAGAAAGACAAGUCUACUUUCACUUUAGAGUUUGUGAGACUGGAGUUGGUCUUUGUUCAUUUCCAAUAGCAAACAUAAGUCUUUUGAAGGAAGGGAAGAAUGAAGUUUUCAAUGUUGGUCAGUCAUACAGGAUUGUUCUUGAUCUAGAUGUACCAGAGUCUGAUGUCAAUAGAAACAUAGGUAUGUUUAUGAUUGAGAUGCGGUUGUAUAACAAGCGUGGAGAAGUUGUUCAAACCUCAGCACGUGCUGUAAGUACGUCAGUAAGGUACAAGUCGGAUCUGCUGCGCACUUUGGAGACAUUUGCAUUUUUGCCCUUAUUUUUGUUUGGCUACAUGCAUCAGAAGCAGUUUCUACAUGUAGAUUUGUUUCCAGACUUCAUGGACAAUGCUUAUAACCCAACAGUAGGCCUUGUGGUGGAGGUCCAGAGUAAAAAAGUGGAAGUAUACACAGCUGUCCUAAAAGUAUUUGCUCAGUUCUCAGGAAUAAGGUAUUUUCUAUAUUAUUGGCCACUUACAUCAGCUGUAAUUGGUAUCACUUGGAAUUUUGUAUUCCUCAGUUUCAUAGCAUUAUUGUCUUGGUACCAGUUCUGGUUCCCCCAUGAAAAAGAUGGCAUGAAUCAAUCGGUCAAGAUAAAUUUGUAUAGGAACAGGAAACCAGCUUCUCCAAAGAAACCAGCAAAAGUGAAUCCACAGCCUGGAUCCACCAGGGUACACGAGGCAGAGACUGUUGGUGCAAGUGAAGAGACAGAGUUACUUGCCCCUGCUACAAGAGUAGAUUCCGGCCUGAGACUUAGGCAGCCUCAUUCUGAAACGGUGAGCUAGCUAAACAUCCAGAUAAUGUU